ACACCGAGACAAUCAAACAAUUUCGUAAGUCGCUUAUCUUUUCCUUCUUAUUUCAGCGGUGUAAGAGAUUUCAAGAAGUUAUCAUUUGUGGAGGGCUUUUUGUAUCAACGAGCGCUGGCCAUACAAAAAUGUUUCUCUCACUGAUUUUGUUCUUGAUUUCACACACAUUUGCCACUUGUGAUCUUUUACCAAGGGAUGCUGAUUCACCAGAUAGGUUUAUUCUGCGAAAAUUGUUAGAAGACAGUACCCCUAACGUCACAUCGAACGCUAUAACUUCCGCCAACGUCACAACUACUAAAAAGCCCUUGAGUACGCAUAGAAAAUCGUUGGCUGUCCUCCAAGUGGUAGAUGGCCAAGGAUUAGUUCAAAAUAGGGUUUCAACCAAUCAGAACAUUCGUCUUAGAGUGAAAGCUCUCACAACACCAGACUACCAACCGCCUUUUGUAAAGCAUUGUUGGUAUGACCAGUAUACCAGCGUGCCAUCAAAUGAUACCGAGCCUUCGAAAACAGUUGACUUUCUGGACAAUGGAUGUCUGACAAGUGACGGGAAGUUGCUGGAGGAGGAUGUGGUACCAUUUAUGGAGAACGGCCUGUUAGAAUCUCAGACGGAUGUGUUCAAUUUAAUGUCUGUAUAUAGUGACAAGUUUACCUUCCUUGGCAUUCACUGUGAGGUGGUCCUAUGUCAUCUGAAUGAAGACUGCUUUGUGAGCUGUUCAAGGCAGAAAAGAAAGUGGAGAAUGGAUGACCAAUCUGAGAGCAUUCAACUUGCGGCCUUACUUAAGGUGAAGAAAGAAAAGGAUGCGCCAACCAUUUCUCCUAGGAAAUCUGCCAUACAUAAAGAGGAUGACCUCGAUGACUUCUUGAUACGUGGAGGUAGACCUGUAGCUCCUCAAUUUCCGAUGAGAAGGACAGAGCCCCCGUUUCUUGAAAAGAACCACGUUUACUUCACACUUAGUACACUAGGUGUGUGUGCCCUCUUACUAUUGUGUGUAAUAGGCGCUGGGUGUAUGUACAUUUCCUUCAACAACAACCGUGAACCUACCGAACAAGCGAAUACUUCCGGUCAUGUGACUAGUUACCCUGACAACAAAAUGACUGGUUUACCUAAUGUCGUAGGAACGAGUCAGAAAGGAGUAAUAAACAAUAGAGAUAUCGUAACCAGUCAACCAUCGGAAUACAAUGAUGUUUCGGCAUGGCCAGGCGCAGAUUUGAACCCCAGGAGUCCAUACCGGGAGCCAGCUGUACUGACACCCAGCGAAGCAUCAGUACUAGAAGCCCGUGGAUUGCUAAGAUCCCAUCAACAUUCACAAAGAAUGCCACGACCUUCACAAAGAAGGCUUGCUCUUGAAACUGAUCUUCGGGAUGAGUAUGUUGAAACCAGAAUUGGGAGAGCCAACAGUAGAUAUUCACCUUUGUGGAAUGAGAUACCAGAACACUACAGGGAUCGGACCGAUAUCACCACCUCCCCUGUUGGCGGGGAACUGUACCCAGGGCCAAGUUCGAGAUUCCGCUCCCCGCAAUCCGAACCUCUGAUUCAGAAAAGUCCUUACAGAGGUCGCGUUAAAGCGACUUCUCUACUUAGCAUGGCAUUAAAUGACUACUUCGACAAAUACAGAAUGUGAAAUGUUUAAGUACAUUUGAAAUGUUUGUUUGUGUGGGCAGAUGCAUAAAGUACUGAUGUGUAGCACUAUUAUGAUUAAAUCAUUCUGUAUUAAAAGUUAUGAUAAAAGA